AUCGCGGGGCGUGUGUCUUCCUGGGACACAGUGGAAGUCUAACCUUUGGUUUGCGGAGCGGUCGGGUGUAUUCUCCGCCGCCCCCACGCCCUCCAGGUCCCCGCCACCGAACCAGCGGCGGAGCCCGCCCGCGCCUCCCGCGGCACUCCUGCACCGGAUCGCUCCUCGCUGGGGCGGGACCUGGCCUGGCGGCUCCGGUCACUAUGAGUGAAACAUCUUUCAACCUAAUAUCAGAAAAAUGUGACAUUCUAUCCAUUCUUCGGGACCAUCCUGAAAACAGGAUUUACCGGAGGAAAAUCGAGGAACUCAGCAAAAGGUUCACCGCCAUCCGCAAGACCAAAGGGGAUGGGAACUGCUUCUACAGGGCCUUGGGCUAUUCCUACCUGGAGUCCCUGCUGGGGAAGAGCAGGGAGAUCUUCAAGUUCAAAGAACGCGUACUGCAGACCCCAAAUGACCUUCUGGCUGCUGGCUUUGAGGAGCACAAGUUCAGAAACUUCUUCAAUGCUUUUUACAGUGUGGUGGAACUGGUAGAGAAAGACGGCUCAGUGUCCAGCCUGCUGAAGGUGUUCAACGACCAGAGUGCCUCAGACCACAUUGUGCAGUUCCUGCGCCUGCUCACAUCGGCCUUCAUCAGAAACCGAGCAGACUUCUUCCGGCACUUCAUUGAUGAGGAGAUGGACAUCAAAGACUUCUGCACUCAUGAAGUGGAGCCCAUGGCCACGGAGUGUGACCACAUCCAGAUCACGGCAUUGUCCCAGGCGCUGAGCAUCGCCCUGCAGGUGGAGUACGUGGACGAGAUGGAUACCGCCCUGAACCACCACGUGUUCCCUGAGGCUGCCACCCCUUCCGUUUACCUGCUCUAUAAAACAUCCCACUACAACAUCCUUUAUGCAGCCGAUAAACAUUGAUUAAUUUUAGGCCAUGCAGUGGAACCUGUUACCUAAUGGGACUGCAUUCUGAAUGGAACGUUCCGGCUCUUCAAUUUUUUAAGCGAUUUAAGACUGUAGCAAGAAAAUGUGCAGCCUUUUGGGCAAAGCCCCUGGAACGAGGCCUACCCAUUAUGGACUGUGGUAACUUGGUGAUAUUUUUAGUAUUUAUUUUAAUGGAGGAUCAAAUGCUUUCUAACUAGGCCCCUGACCGUUCCCUGUGAGGCCUGGGUGGGUCACCUGCCCUCUCUGGAAUUGUUUCUUCAACUGGAGGAGGGUCCUGCCUAUGUUGACAUUGCAUUGUAGAAAAAUGGGGCCUCUGGUUUCUCUUUACCAGGGGCAGUGCCUCUCUGUGGGGGAGGAAAAGCUCAAGGUUAGCUGUCUUAAUGCAAGUGACUUACCAGGCCUACAGAGUCCAGUCCAGUCAUUUGUUGGACUGGGCUCUGGCAAAUAGCCUGUUGAGGUCCAUUUGAAUGUGAGGGCUGUUUCAAACAUUCAUGAUGGAUGUAUUUCCUACCCCUAACUUACGGAGAAAAAAAAGACUUUCUUUUUUUGCCAAAGUCCAGAAAAGGGCCUUUAGCCUUUAGCAGGAGCUUAAAUUGUUGGGCCUCUACCUCUCGCAGGGCCAGAACUGCCUGAUUUUUGGUGGACGAGCCCUUCAGGGUUCUGCUGUCAGCCCCACCUGGACAGAGGCUUACAAGACUAGGGUUUGGAGCAAGAUCUGUAUAUUUCUGUCUGGGAUCAGGAAGCUGCAGCUGUCCCAUCAUCCCCAGCAAAUCCUAGAAGUGGAGUCUGGGUACUUCACGGAUAGAGGUGUCGGCAUGCACAGCCAUGGACCCAGCUGAGCAGAGCAGAUGCUUUGCAAGCUGCCCCUGGCUGCUUUCUCCCUUUCCCGCUUCUGCUCUCUUUAUGGACUGGUCACAGGGUAGGUGGAAAAGAACAGACAAGCCAUGUAAGUUGGCAGUGGGGAGAUUUCCACGGUGGAAACUGCCUGGGAAUUCCGGCCAGCAGCGUCCUCAUUCGGCCACCUGGCUAUGCCCCUUAAAUAAGCCCCUCACCUUGCUGCCUCAGGACCUUCAAGAUUCCAUCCGUGGGCUGGCCGGCGAGACGGCACCAGGGGGGACCCCACACCCGGCUAGGCGGAGGUGCUGCUAGCAACCUCUCUUUCUCUGUAGGAGGAAAUGGAAAAUGCAGGGUGUGGAAUUGCCCUUUGGGGUCCUUCCUUAAUUGAAGGCCACCUUCUCACAGGUUUCAUUCUGCAGGGAUUUAUUGGAAUCUAUUGGUGCUGCUGCGUGAGUCUGCUGACAACCUGACUACACAAGGACUGGGUAGCAGACUCCUCAGAGUCCUCUUGACACAAAUGUCCGAUUUGUGUCACUAUUCUGCCUUCGUGAAAAGCCAAUAGCACUCUUAGAUGUCAGGGGAUUUUAGUUCCAAGCAGGGCCCCUGGUUUCCAUGCUGCCCGCAGUUGGAGUUUGGAUCCAAAGGCUCUGGCUAAGUCAUUAUGUCACUUUUUCACAGGAAUGUAGAUUUGACCAUCACCUCUGAAUUUGUUCAGUACCCCACCAUUGGUCUAUGAGAAGUACACUGGAAGUGUGGGGGAACACAUGACGUGAUUUGUAAAUAGCAUCAUCUUUGCCAGACAAGUCUCCAGAGGAUCCCUGUUUCCCAACUGAAAGGUGUGAACGGACACACACAUGGCCUGGAUGACACCUUGGCUGUUCUGAGGGGCUGUCAGGUGGGCUCUGGGCCUUCCAGCUAGGCUCUCAAGCACAGCAGAAGCCUCACUGGCUGCUAUGUCUCUGUAUCUGUGGCUUGUGUGGUAACCUCAGAAGCAGAGCUGUUUGGCAGACUGGCUGGAGAAAUUCCCUCUGGGAGACUUGCCUGUGCUGUGCUUCCAUGUCACAGAGCCCCCCAGAAACUCACAGGGGCCCUCUUCCCAAGAAAGAAUCUAUUCUAUCACUUCAGAAUCAGGACACUCAAGCUCUGGCAGAGGCAGGCCAAGUUACUUUCAUGGUCUUACCCUCUGCUUUUCCCCUUUUUGCAAAAAACCAUCAGCCAAAUCCGAACCAUUGCCCUUGUUCCCCCCACAUUCCCUCUCAGAUCUUUGUCUCAAAGGGAAAACACAGUGGAUGAAAAGGUGUGGCAGGCUUUGGCAGCUUAUUAAAAUCUAGUCAUCUGUUGAUGUUACCUUGCAGCCAGUCACCCUGGUAGUCACACUUCCUAGAUAAUUCUCUACCCUCACCCCACAGAGCCAUCUCUCUCCAGACCAAAAGCUGGAAGGACAGUUGUUUUGAGAGCUUGUUUUUACAACUCCACGUUUAUUAUGAUACUUUCUCUCCAAAGGAAACUUUAUAAAUCAAUGGGAACAAUUAGCAACAGAAAGAGCACAGUCCCUGCUUUUGAUUGGGUUUCUAUUUUAAGCAAAUGAGAUCUCUGAAGCCAGAAUGCCAGGGUUCAAACCUCAGCAUUGCCACUUACUAGCUGUAUGAUCUUGGCCAAGUAACUUCACCUCCCUGAACCCCAAUUCCAAAGUUUGUGAAAUGGCAACAAUACCUAUGUAUCACUGGAUUACUGGCUAAAAUGGAAUGAGAUUCCUUGUGUGAAAACAGCUAUUAUGCCUGACACUCAUCGUAUGGGCUCUGCAAAGGGAUGUUCCCCAACCUGUCCUUCCUGACAGGAAGCACAGGGCACUGCAGAUGGGGAAGCAUGUCACCCUGGCAGUGACUGUGGCUUCCCAAGCAAGAGUGUCAGGGGAACCAUUAGACAGAGUCUAGGAGCCAAAUGCAUCGCCACCCUGAGCAGACACGGGAGUGGGGAGGGGGCUGUGACUCAGUGACUUUCAGGGACCCCAGGCCCUGCGGGAUGUAGGCCAAGCCCUACAGCUUCCCUGGGCAGUAAGUAAAAACAUUCUCCUAGCAUUAAAAUGCUUUCCAUAACUACUUUUGUCUUGGCUUAAUACUGGGUUCCUGGCAUGCAGCCAAGAACUCUGCUUUUCCGUGGUGCUUGUGUGUUGAGUAGAUUAGCUGGGGAGGGAUAUUCCUUGUUUAAUGGCAGAUCCAGGACACUCAGGAAGCUCUGCCCAUUGACUUCACCUUACCAGGCGAGAGUAGCACUGCUUGGAAGGCUGCUCCUGUCUUUUAAAGCCUGUCUACUUAUUAGCUCGUCCACCAAAAAAAGGAAAAUAAUUUGCUGUUAGAAGGCUAGGGCAGGAUACUGACAGUCAUCAGGGGAUCUAUGUUUGGCUUGUGACAAGUGGCUUCACUCCCACGGCUCAGGUACUAUUGGGGGAUAUUGAGUCUGCUUCCUAACCCCACUGACCUCCACUGCAUCAUUUGGAAAAUGGAGUCUCCCUGUCAUUCUCUGACAGCUGUCAGUCAGGAGCUGACCGCACAGACAGGGGCACUUUCCCCUCCUAUCCAGGUCACUGGCGACACUGGGGGAUGGGAGGUCAUUCCUUGGCAACACUUCUGAGACUGAAGUAGUUUUCUGAACUUGUCCUGGGCCCAGAAGGAAGAUACUAAUCCCACCUCUGCCAUUUGGCUGCUGUGUGGCGCUGGGCAAGUCUCAAUCACUGGGUGUCUAUAUGCUCAAGUACAAAAAACACUAUUAAGACUUAUAGAUGGGCACAGU